AUGCGUAAACAGCAAAGUUUCACUCCAUACAUGUGGACGACACAACGAACUGUUUCUGAAAUAUCGCGGCAAAGCGCGACGGUUGCGCUGGGAGCGGCCAGCAUACGUCCGUCGCCUACCGAGGUCACGAUUCGACUGCCUGCCUUAGCGCCUCCAGUUCGAGGGGAACAGGGAACGGAGGGGCGAGGAGGGGGGAGAAAGGGAGUCUCUCCAACCGAGGAGAUAACUUUUGAUCUUUUUGGUGCCGUAGGAGAUUUUAAUGACGUAGUCACAUCUGGAGAUUGGACAGAAAAAGUGCACGUCACAGUUCUAAGUGUUAAUGCAUGUCAAGGGCUUAGUGGAAACGAUGUGUUAGAAAAAGCUCGGUGCAGCUCGCGGGUGACAUUU